CCCGGAAGUACUUUAGACUAGACUGGCCACAAGUCGCCCUUGCACGCACAGCACCAACGUCGACAGAAAAGUGUCGGCUCCGAGACCAAAAACUUCACAGUGAUUUUGACACAGCAUGGCACAGCCCCCACCCUACAACCCCCAGUUUUCCCCACAGCAAGGCUACCCUGCACAGCAGGGGUACCCACCACCCCAGGGGAACACUACCCAGGGGUAUCCACCACCCCAUCAGGGGUACCCGCCACAACAACAGGGGUACCCCCCACAGCAGGCAGCAUAUACUACACACCAGACAAAUGUGGUUGUUCAACCCGCUAGAACAAGCCAACUUGGGACUUCUCUUGGAAGCCUCUUCAAGUCGGCAGAGAAGGCCGUGGUCAGUGCUGGAAAAACCGUACAACAUGAAGCUGACCGCUACGCAAACUCUCCAACAAUUAUGAUGUUCAAUCAUGGUAACGUGGUCCGGCUGCAAUCCCGAGAGACGAGUCGCUUCUUGCAGGUGUUGAACACCGGAGUGCUGGGUGCCAACGCAGCACCGCAGGAUCCAUCAGCACAUUUCACAGUGCUGAACUGCGGUCACAACAAUAUCAUCCUGCGCAGUGUCAUCUAUCCAACGUGCCACAUUGCAAACCACGGGGGCAACAUCGUCGGAAAUGGUAAUGGGGAUCUUUCCUGCCGAUUCCGUCUCCAUGAGACCGUGGGGGGUUUUGUCACCUUUGAGUCCAUCACCCCGAGAGAUCACCACAUCGGAGUGACAGCAGAGGGCGCCAUCAAGCCAGCCCAUCUCGCUCGCAAGGACAACUCGGCCAUGUUUUGCCCUUCGCUGGUGUCGACUGCACAGCCUCAACCUAUGUAUGUUCAACAGACAACAACUACAACAUACAAGGCCAAGUAGACUGCCCUCUGUUGGUGGAAAGGUGACAGGUUUGUUUGCCUUGGAAGAACGCUUCACACAUUUUUCUUGCUUGUUCACAGAAUACGUAACAACUUGUUGGUGAUAGUUUUAAGAUUUUUGUUGUGUGUAUCGUUUUCAAUAUACGACAUAUUUUAAAGUAGAAACAUAGAACUAUUAUAUAUACAUGUAUGUGCAUUUUAAUUAAAAAAAAAAAAUGUAUACUCAAUUAUUAAUCAUUUACAAAAAGUAACCACCAUCAUGAAGCAGAAGACAGUUUUUAUAGGACGUUGCCAGUGGAUAAUCACGCAUUGAAUAAUUAUUUGACGAAAUUUGUCAGAAUUUACCAACUUAUAUAUCUAACGUCACUUUUAAUUUUAUAUAAAUAGCUGUUUUUUGUUACUAUUCUAGAGUUACCAACACCUAAUUUGCAUUCUGUAGAAAUAAAACCUCUCCAGGGGCGGAUCCAGGAAUGUUUGCAGGGAGAGGGAAGGUUUCAUCAGCAAAAUAAUGGUGAAAUUUAGACAGGUAUUUUUCCCCGGACACUUAGACUCGUAUUAAUGGAGGUGUGUGGUGUUGUUGUUGG